GUAGCCUUUACAGCUUCACCGGAUGAAAAUGGGAGCUAGUGAACAGAAACUUUAAACCUAAUGGAGACAAACGGCCAAACGAACGACUUCACUUGUCAGAUGAAAAUGACUUUAUUCUAAGGUAUCAUUGGUUAUACCAGGGAUUUGAACUUCAACUCAGAUCGUUGUAACUUCUAUUCAGUUUGAAUCUGACAGGAAAUUGUUCGGUAUGAAGACCGGAUGUGCUGGUAUAGAGCGUCUGGACGCAAGGAUCUCUGGAACAGGUGUAAUGGAUUAUAUAGCCCGAGAGUGUCAAAGAACCGCUCCGUGUGGAAUGAUACUCACUACAUUGAAAGAGAAUAUUAGGACAGAAAUUGUUACUCGUUAUUCUUAGGUUACAAAUGUUGCCUUUACCUGGACUAAACUUCGCAAAUUAUUAAUAUUUUAUAUAGUUAAUAGUGUAUUUAAAAGAACUUGAAAUUGUUAUUUUAAAUUCUUUGAAUCAGAUGAAGUCGAAUGAACCGAAAAGAAAUAUAUAGAUUAAACUAUAGUUAAUGACUUAUCCAAUUAAAAUAUGGUCUACAUAAUUGAUUAGAUCAAAUGUUUGUAUUUGAAAAUAACUCAAUAUAAUAUGGAAAUAACUAAAUUAAUAUGAAAUCACAUACUGAAUCAAGAUUUAAUAAAACUUCAAAUAACAAGUACGAUGCCUUUGGUUGCAAAAUUUACGCAACAGCAAAAAAAUUAAAACUAAGGAAAAAAGUUAAACAUCAUAUUAAGUCUCUAAUACCAUGGACGGGCAAUGAUAUGCAUAACUCAUUUUGUGAGUACAAAAUUAAGUGUCAAGAAAAGGCAAUUGAGAAACAUCACAGAAAAGAAACUAGAAGAAAAUCAUUAAGAAAUAAUUAUCAUAAAUAUUUUUGCUAUCCAGUUCAAAUAUGUAAUGAAUAUACAAAUUAUAACUCUAGUAUUUCAUUAUUCUAUGGAUCCAACUGCUAUCAAAUGUCAAAUAAUAGGAAAAUAAGGAAAACCGACAUGAGCCCACAUCACUACAAUUUGUUAAAAUUUUCUGAAAAGGAUAUACCACAAAUCUGUUCAAAAGACGUACAAAUUCAAAAUAAUAAUACCGGGAAGACAUUUCACAAUCUUACUUCAGAAAAAGGAACAAUUACAUAUGUUAGUAAUGCCGAAAUUACCGAUAAUGAAUAUGUAAAUAAAUUUCUGACAGGUACUACCAGUCAUUUAAAUUGUUCAGAUAAUCAAGAUGUACAAAAACAAUUAACGAGAAAUCAAAAUUUCUACAAGAUAAAAAAUUGUAAUUGUCAUAAAUUUUGUACGCCAACACAUUUAAAAAACAAGACUAAAUUAAAAAAACAUAAGCACGUAGUUAGAAAUUCUGUGAGAACAAUCAAAAGUUCUCAGGAACUAAAAAUUUAUCCUGAUGAUGUUUUUCGAAAAUCAUGCCGAACUUUUACAAGAGAACGUCUUACGUCGGGUUACUCAUGUAAAAAUAUUCAAUCUGAUAUAAAUAUGUGUUAUAGAGAAAAUAUAUGCAGCAAAAAUAUAAUUUACCAAAAUAAAAAUAGCAACCUACAUGGAGAUGUUUGUAAGAAUUCCUGUUGUAUGAUAAGAAAACAAUGUGGUGAUGGACACAAAAUAAAAAUGCAGUCGGCGAAAAUACCAAACUGCGCAAUAAAUAAAAAACGUUACAACUAUACAUGUAGCAAACCAACAUGCAACGUUUAUGAUGAAGAUAUGCAUAUAAGCAAAUGUAAUAGUCAAAAUAAAUACGACACAUGUUCAAGCCCAUGUGUCAAAAUACGAAAGUGUGAUAAAUUGUUUUCAUGUGAAAAUCAGAAAUUUAGAAAGCAAUUGUAUAAAAAUAUGAAUAGCAAGUGUGAUGCAAAAAAAGUUAAGAAAUAUGUGAGUAGACCAAGUUGUAAACCAGUUUCCUGUUGCUACAAAGCAAGAUGUAAGUGCAAUCAAAAAGAAGAAAAGGUUAUAGAAUAUAAACAUCACAGAUAUUUCAUGCUUUCUCUAAGGAAAAAACCAUUUAUUUGUAUUUAUAAGUAUUGUCCUUGGAUUUAUCCCCAGUGUGUUAAUGUAAUAAGAUUUUGUGAAAAUAGUGUUCAUGCCUUUCUAUUUUUUUUGGCAUUUUUAAUUUGGUCGCCAUGUAUAUUAGCAAUACUAUUAUGUACGUUUAUGUUUUGCUAAUAUAUUGUUCUAAUUAAAGUUAAGAUAAAUAUUCUCUUUUCGCUGUUCUAAAAAGAAAGUAGUUAUAGACUUAUGCUAGAAAACUUGAUAAAUAAAAUUU